AUGUCCGCGACGGAUCCGACCCCCCCAGCGGCGAAGCGCGCGCGCCGCGCCGCCGCGCCGCCGUCGCCGCCGUCGCCGUCGCCGUCGCCGCCGGCGCCGUCGCCGUUCGAGCGCUUCGCCGCGGUCGCGCGCGACGGCGCGAAGUUCGAACUGCUCAAGAGGCUCGACCCGCUCUCGCGCGGUAUGCUCGCGCGGACGUGCCGCGCGUGGCGCGACGACGUCGAGUUCUUCGGGCUCGCGAGCGCGGGCGUCGCCGGCUCGAGGAAGCUGCGCGCGCGCGCGUUCGUAAACACCGUCGAGCGGGUUCGGUGGGCGACGGCGAACGGGCUGACGCUCGACGCGAGGGUCGCCGCGCUCGCCGCGCGACGAGGGAAGCUCGACGUUCUGAAGUAUCUUCAAACGGCGGGGUGCGCGUUGGACGCGCGCGCGGUCGCCGCCGCGGCUCGAGGCGGGCAUCUCGAUGUCAUCGAGUGGGCGAUCGAGCGCGGGUGCGCGACGGACGCGCGCGCGUGCGCGCAGGCCGCGCGCGGGGGACACCUCGACCUCCUGAAGACGCUGCGAGCGAAGACAAACUUUCCGUGGGACGCCUCGACGCCCUCGGCCGCGGCGAGGGGCGGGCGCCUGGACGUCGUGAGGUGGUUGGACGAGCAGAAGUGCCCGCGCGAUGAGAAGGCUGUGUGCGCGAUGGCCGCGCGCAGCGGUAACGUGGAGCUCGUGAAGUGGGUGAUAUCGCGCUACGAGUGGGACGUAUGGACUCCAGGGCUCGCCGCGAGAGGCGGGCACGUCGAGAUUUUGAGGCUCGUGUGGGCCACGAAACCUGACUGUUUUAACGACGUCGUGAGCAUGUGCGCCGCAAAGGGAGGACACUGGCGCGUAAUGGAUUGGAUAUCUAAUCACCGACGGCACGCAAUUCAAAUGUGGUCACAUCGCGUCUUCGAGGGCUGGAUCGCCCCCUACGCCGCGGAACACGGAAGGGCGUUUUUUGACAAAACAGUCGAAUCGUGCGGCGGUCCGGUAAAUCUCGUUUACCUCAACGGAUUGAAGUGUGCCAUAUCCGCUGUCGCCACCGGGAACGUUGACUUGCUGCUGCGAAUCAAUGAACUAGCUCACAGGAAGAAUCCCGUGUCGCUAUACUACGACAUCGCAACUGGCGCUGAGAGGAGAAAUAUAACGAUGGAGGACCUCAAUCCUUUGAGAAAGCAGCACCCUUGA